UCAAAAUCGAGCUUUUCUCCCGAAUUCCUUGUUGUUUCGGACCAAGGACAUGUGGUGGUGUUAAUGUCUGAUCUCUGUCGGCUCCACGGAUUCGUUCCUUGAGACGGAAGAAAGGGAAGCUUUUGAGAAAGGAAGUCAACAUUUCUGACAGCUUUUUUAAAGAUCAGGUUUGAAUAAAAUAGUGCGCACUUGUUCGAGGGAUUUAUUGGGUCGCAAUUAAACGGAUCUGCCGUUUCUUUGGAUGGGAAAGAAGACAACGAUGGCGAUAUAGAAAACAAGCAAGAACAGUGAAGGAAGCGGAGGGCAAGAGACAAGUGGAAGAGGAAAAGAAAUAGAUGAAAGGGGGGAAUUUUGUUUGAAAAAUGACAACUUUUUUAGUUUCCCCAAUCCAUAUCGAGCUCUUUUCCUUCUGUGGCGCCUUGUAAGGUCCCGGUUGGCUUCCUCUGCCUUAACAGGGACGCUUCAAGCUUCCACGAUUGAUACGGCCCUUGGCCGGACGCGAGCGCGCCGGUAGUGGCCCUCCCACGGGCCCAGAAGCAGCGGGCAGGCCGUCCUCUCCUAGCCCGCUCCCUGAUAUCCUCACCCUCCCUCGGUGACACAGUCGUCCGCCACCUAAUCCCUCCAAAGGUUCGUACUGCUCCUCUUUCUGCUACUGUUACCGCCACUUCCCCUUUCAGAAGGGAAAGACACCCAUCUCGCAAGCCUUUUCAGUUCUCACGGAGAAGAAGCCUUGUAUCUGUGCUCACAUUGUAAAGCUGUGAACCAUAGUUCCUGUCCUUGUAGAACGCUACAGCUGGCAAUGCAGAUCUGAGGCUGCUUCUUUCCAUCGCUCGAUUCCGACGGCCGGAGCGCCUAUGCGUCUGUUCUGCCGCCGCGGCACUUCGCUGGUGGUGUAGCAGGGAUGAAGAAGAGCUCCGCCGCCUCCUGUCGUAGCAGAUCCGGGACGUUCCCAAGCCCCGGGACGCCUAUCUACCGGCACGGCGUCGGCUCGGUCGCGUACCAGAACGGAUGGAGCUCGGAACGAGUGCCGCUGCCAACGCACUGCAACCGGAGAUACGGGGGCAGCGGCGUGUUGCUGCCGUUCGCCAAUGGGAGGGCUUUGCCAUCGAAGUGGGAGGAUGCAGAGAGAUGGAUCUUCAGCCCGGUCUCAGGUGAUGGGGUCGGGAGCUCGUCGGUGCCCCCCUCGCAUCAUAGGCGGCCAAAGUCAAAGAGCGGCCCGCUCGGAGCUCCUGCUGGGAAAGCCGGGGCAUAUUCAUCGGCGUCACCGCUGGUUCCUUGCUUUGACAGUGGCAGGGUUCGGAAUUAUGCGGCGAACUCGCCUUUCUUGGCGGGAGUUCUAAUGCCGGAACGCAGCUUUUGUGGCAAUGGUGGUGGAGUGAGAGGAGGAGACGGUGGUAGCGCUGGAGGAGGAACAAAAGGAGUUGGUGGUACUGGUGGUGGCAGCAUGGGUGGGAAAUCUCAUGCUGGUAAUGGAGAGCCUUAUGUUGUUCGAUCUGCUAGUAUUCAUGGGUGGUCAGACACACUGAUCGAGUCUUCUUCAUCAGUGCCCAGCUCCCAGGAUGAGAAAUCUGAAGGUACCAGAGAAUCAGCUUCCACAAUCUCGGCCGCAGUUUUGAGAAAGGAUGUGGCAACACAAAUGAGUCCAGAUGGAAGUAUUCCAUCCUCUCCCAAAGGGAGGCCUUUUUCCCCUUCCCCAUCUUCAGUCCCUCCCCUUGAGGAGCUAGAGAAUCACUUCUCAAAGUCGGUGGUUAGGGAUGUUCAGGUAGAUGAUCAAGUUACGGUCACCAGAUGGUCCAAGAAACACACAGCACGAGGCUCUGAUAGGCGUUUAGCGAGCAUCCUAGAAUGGAAGAAAAAGAAGACUGAGGCAUCAAAUAGUUCUGGUUGGGAAGUUGAUGAAACAGCAAAAUCCACAUCAAAGUAUAAGAGAGAGGAAGCCAAGAUCACUGCAUGGGAGAAUUUGCAAAAGGCAAAAGCUGAGGCAGAAAUCAGGAAACUAGAGAUGAAACUAGAAAAGAAAAGAUCUUCCUCGAUGGAAAAAAUUCUAAACAAACUUAGAUCAGCACAGAAGAAAGCACAGGAGAUGCGAAGUACUGUUACUACCAGCCAAGACAACCAGCUAGGAAAGACCACCAGAAAGGCUUCAUACUUCUGCAAGAGUGGUCAGAUCAGUUCUCUGAGUGGCUGCUUCACUUGUGCCUUCUAGUCUUCAUAUUUCAAGUUUCAGGUGCCUUUGGUUUAGGUUGCUCUGAGGCAACAUACAGUUAGGAGUAUAAAUAAGAAAUUACUAGUGUCAACUGCAAAUAAUGGUAUUCCAUCAGAACAAAGCCCGGGAAGGCGAAAUGAGAACAGCUUUCUUUAUGGACACACUACAUGUUGAGACAAAUACUAUAUGUCUGUAAGCAUUUUUGUGAUUCCUCUGUUUUGUUUAAUGGAUAGGAUUUGCAUGAGGCCAUGGAAGGAAUUUGUUCUCCCUAGUUACGCUGGCAUGGAAUCAUUGCAGCUAAGAAUGAUGGUGCACCAGCAUUCGGUUUUGUGCACUGGUGGAAUAACAACUAUCAGAAUUAUUGGCACAUACUACAGAGGAGCCAUGAGCUUGUUGAAUUGCCAUUCAUGUGAUGAGAUGAUUAACUUGGUCUGGUUUCUUCCUCAAAUGUUACUACAAGGAACAACUUGUCCUCAAAUGCUUUAUCCUGCUCUCCUUGUAGAAUGCAUACUAUUCGGGUAGCACAUUAUAAUCAAUUCUCUCUUCAUUAAAUUCAUCUGGAGGUGGACCUCAUGUACCGAUCCAAUGAGCUCUGUUUUUGAGUAGCUAAGCUGUUUGUUUGCCUUUGAUGUAGCUUAGCUGCACUUAUAGAGUGUCUGUUGUUUUCUGGUAUCAAUAUGAAAUAGUGAUCAUGACAAUUUUUGUCA